CCAGUCGGAGAAGUUCGGUGUGUGUGAGAGCGCAGCAGAGCAGACGGAGCAGAGAGAGUCAGGAUGAGGUAAAAUCAACUCUAACUGUUCACUUUAAACACAGAAUCACUCUGAUUAUCGUCUGAUUAUCAUCUAUUUAGUCUGUUUUUAUGGAGGUUUAGUUUCUGUGACAAACAGGGAGACGUGCCGCUCCUUUUUAGACAGGAAGAUCACGGAACGGUUAAAUGUUCCGGUUUUAUGCAGGAAGACACAGAGAACUGUUAUAACCGUUAUUUGUAAUUCAUCUACUAUUAACCUGAAAUAUACAGUUUACCUAAGGUCUUUCUACAAACAGCCUGUGACUCUGUGGGUCACAGAGGUUUGAGUUUGUUCAGAGAAAUUCAGGUAGAGAAAAUUAAAACUUUAUAACUGAACUUUAAAAAAGAUCAAAUUCAUAUUUACAGUCUGUUUUCUCAGCGAGUGACUCAGCAAGAAGGUUAAACAUGGAGGAUAAGUUCUGAUCAAUUAUUAUAAUAUUGUGUGUGUGUGUGUGUGUGUGUGUGUGUGUGUGUGUGUGUGUGUGUGUGUUUUCUACAGACACCUGAGUCCUGUGUCCAGGUGUGAUGUUGAGAAUUAAUCUCAGGUGUGUUCAGGUGGUCUGGGUUUUCAUCCUGUCAGAGAGUUUGUCAUCAGCAGGUACGAUCACUAACACCCCCCCGAUCAGCUUUAUUGACAUGAAUGUUUGUACAAUAAUGCCAAAGUGUUUCAACACAACUAUGAUCAUAACAAUAAUAAUUUAUUAAUAAUUAUUAUAAUAAUAAAUAGUGUCAGUAUCAUCAUGUUUGCAGAUAAAAAAACUCUGAAGCAGUUGUUCGGAUUAUUGUCAGUUUUUUAAUUGCAUGUAUUUACAUACUUUCAUGUAUUCACAUAUUUUCAUGUAUUUACAUAUUUUGCUGUUUCUAAAUCAGUGGUCUUUCGUUUUCUCCAGAGAUGUCUGAACUUUUCCUGGUGUGUGAGUUCAGUAUGUGUGUGUGUGUGUGUGUGUGUCUUGAUGUGUGUGUGUGUGUCACAGUGUCUCCAUCUGUGUGGACCAGGUCUGUGGUUCUGAGUCUGUACACAGUCCAGGUUCUCCUCAGUCUGGGGUCAGGUGAUCAAUUAUGAUCAGUCAUUUGUUUAGGGUCAGAUAGUGUUGGAGGGAUUAUCAAUUAUCGAUCAGUUUGUGUUAUUGACGACAAGCUCACUGUCACUCUGCUGGUUGUGUGUUUUAUAAAUCGUUUUUGAUUGGAUGCCCGUCCCUUUUGCAGCCGUGUCACAUCAGACACUCUCCUUCCUUUUUCUCACCUGUUUGUUCACCUGUUCUGGAGAAAAGGAGCCGCCUCCUGACAUCUGACCCUGCUCUGUUUGACAAAAUUUAUUUUUUUCAUUACGUUUCUUGUUCAUAUUUCCAAACCUUGUCCUGGGUUCUGAAUUCAAUAGUUCUCCUCUGGAUCUGAAUCAGCAGGGGGAUCUGGUCCAGCUCUGUUGUUUGGACAGUUUCUGUGGACGCAGUUCUUUCUCUUGGUUUGGGUCUCAGUGCCCCAAACUUCAGGGCCUUAAAAAGGCUCAGUGAGUUUUUAUAAACCUAAACCCAGAUCUUAUUGGGGGUUUAAUCGGAAAAGGGUGUUUCUUCCUCUGUGGUAGUCUCUGCCGGCGUUAUCAGCAGGAGCAGACGCAGUCCUAACAGACGCAGUUUUUAUAAGGCCCUGGUAUCUGGACUCCAGGACUCCAAAUUUGAACUUUUUUUUUCUCGACCUUUCUCUUCUUUGAAAAAUCACUGUUUAGGUUUUUAUGCGAUUCACACUGACAUAAGUGCCGCCCCUGCUCUGACAGUGAAAGCAGCGAUAAAUCAUCGACAUACAAGAGUCUGGUCCUCCGUCAGUGUCUCUCCAGACAGGAAACAGGAAGUGGGCAUGAAAGCGUCAAGAUGAUCAGAACCUACAUUUCCUGUUUCUGACAGUGGGUUUCUCUGAAAUGUGCUGCAAGGAGGAACUACAUAAUAUCAUCCCCAACUACCAUAGCUACUAUCACUACCAUCACUACUAUCAAUACCAUCACUACCAUCAUACUAUCACUACCAUCACUACCAUCACUACCAUCACUUCUAUCAAUACCAUCACUACCAUCACUACCAUCACUACUAUCACUACCAUCACUACUAUCUCUACCAUCACUACUAUCACUACCAUAACUAUCAUCACUUCUAUCACUACCAUCACUACUAUCACUACUAUCAAUACCAUCACUACUAUCACUACCAUAACUACCAUCACUACCAUAACUACCAUCACUACCAUAACUACCAUCACUACCAUCACUACCAUAACUAUCAUCACUACCAUCACUACCAUCACUACUAUCACUACCAUCACUACCAUAACUAUCAUCACUUCUAUCACUACAUCACUACUAUCACUACUAUCAAUACCAUCACUACUAUCACUACCAUCACUACCAUAACUACCAUCACUACCAUCACUACUAUCACUACCAUCACUACUAUCACUACCAUCACUACCAUAACUACCAUAACUACCAUCACUACCAUAACUACCAUCACUACCAUCACUUCUAUCACUACCAUCACUACUAUCACUACCAUAACUAUCAUCACUACCAUCACUACUAUCACUACCAUAACUACCAUCACUACCAUAACUAUCAUCACUACCAUCACUACCAUCACUUCUAUCACUACCAUCACUACUAUCACUACCAUAACUACCAUCACUACCAUAUCACUACCAUCACUACCAUAACUAUCAUCACUACCAUCACUACCAUCACUUCUAUCACUACCAUCACUUCUAUCACUACCAUCACUACUAUCACUACCAUCACUACUAUCACUACCAUCACUACUAUCAAUAUCAUCACUACUAUAACUACCAUCACUACUACUAUCACUACUACCAUCACUACCAUCACUUCUAUCACUACCAUCACUACUAUCACUACCAUCACUACUAUCACUUCCAUCACUUCUAUCACUACCAUCACUACUAUCACUACCAUCACUACUAUCACUACCAUCACUACUAUCACUUCCAUCACUACUAUCACUACCAUCACUACUAUCAAUACCAAAACUACCAUAACUACUAUCCCCACCAUAACUACCACCACGAAAAUAGCUAGAACUACUAUCCCUGCCAUCACUACCAUAACUACCAUAACUACCAUAACUACCACUGCUAGGACUGCUUCAUACACUGUUAAUAGUUCAUCACUACAGGCUGUUCAUACCUCUUUAGUUUGACCUGUUAGAAGGAGUGAUAACACUUGAACUUCUUUAAAGGUCGUACUUAUUAAAGUGUCGCUGCUGUUCUUACCUCAACAUUGAAAACACUUCCUGCAGUUUUCACACUUGGGUAUCUGCGGGUCUGAAAGAGUCUUACACGUCUCCAAUCCAGUUGUGGUUGUUCUUGUUUUUCGUGAUCUUUACAGACAUCCUGUUUUAUCAGUGAUGGUUUGUCUUUGUUCAUUCGAGAACUCUAGGUUUACAGGAACUCAGCCGAAGAAGAAGAAGAAGGUGGUGGUUUUUGGUCUGCGAUGAACUCUGAUGAUUUUUUUGGAGGUUUUAACAUUUUGGUGAUUUCGUUGCUCAGGCCCACCUGCUCCUCCGUCUCAGCCUCACUGUUUUAUCCCUUGUGAUGAGAGCUGUGGGUUUAAUAUCCUCUGUACCUGGGAACCAGAGCCAGACCCUACAACCCCGACCAACUACACCCUGCACUGGGAGUCUGCAGAUACAAAGUAAGAACUCAGAUCCCGAUCCAAAUGUUCUCUUUGUCUCUUUCAGCAGGAAAUGCUGAAGUUUGAUGAAGUGUUUUUGGAGAUAGUUUCACUCUUGGAUGUUUGUCUGUUCUGGUCCUGCAGGGGUGGGCAUACGUUUCAUGGGUCCAGAGUGAGUGGGUCAAUCCCUCGUGAACACUUUAACAGGAAUGUUGAUCUUCGUGUUUGGGUCCAGGCUGAAAACCAGCAAGGUUCUGCCAAAUCUCCGGAGACCAAGUUCAACACAGAGAAGAUUUGUAAGUGAAUUCAGUCCAAGACUUACCUGCUCCAUCCUAAAGCUUUUGUCCUUAAAUGGUUCCUGGUUUCCUGUUUUCAGUCAAACCAGCUCCCCCUGUAGUCCGCUGGGAUCCUCAGGAGCCGUUGGAGAUCACCUGGACCUCAGGCUGUACGCAGCUGAAGCGCUCUCUGGGUCUCUGUGAUGUCCGAUACCAAGCUGUGGACAGUCAGGACUGGAUCCAGGUGUGUGUUUUUGGUCUUCGUCUCUUCAGGUGAACUGUACACUGGACAAACGGCGUUGAGGAGAAAAGGUGGACGCCGAAUUCUAACGCAAACUGUCUCUGCAGGGGGACUCGUAUCACAGCAGCUUCUCCUUCGACAGCCUGCAGGCCUGCUCGCUCCACCUGGCCCAGGUACGCUGCGCCUGCUCCUCCGGCCUGAAGAGCGACUGGAGUGAACUCAAAAGGAUAACCCCACCAGGGACAGGUGAGCACGGCUCCGUGAAGUCUCACCUGUUUAAUAAAGAAAGAGUUGAACUGAGUUAGUUUAUGUCGAUAUCUGUGUUGAACUAAACUAAACUAGUUAGUAAUCUGAGUAAAGAGUCUCAUUUGUGUAUUAAACCGAUCUGCUCAUGUUCCUCUCUCUCUUUUUAUCGAUCAGCUCCUGUUGGAGAGCUGGAUCUAUGGAGAGACUGUGGGCUUCCUCCUCACAGCACUGACUGUCACCUCACCUGGAAGGUGAGUAUAUGCAGAGGUCACUUCCUGUGACGUCAGGAGAAAACCCAACAAACAGUUUCAGCACUAAAACCACUGACUACACGAGUAAACGUACUAAAAUGUCGUAUCCAGUAUGCCAAGAAUCCCCAAAUGACCGCCUUCCUUCCGUUACUGUUACCUUCAAUACAAAGCACCUGGUCAGAGUUUAGAGAGCCGUGAGCCAAUCAAAUGCUGCCAAGCUGCGUGCUGUUUCAUUAACAAAACGUUCUGAUGGUCAAUGUCAAAUUAGAAACAUCAGAGUUAGAAAUGAAGUCAAGAGUCUAACACCUGAUGUCCUGAAUUUAUCACCUGUUUCUCAGUUGGACAUGAUUCAAUUAUUUUUCCUUCUAUUAUUAACUUCAUGAACUUCAGACGCACUUGAAUCUCUUUUUGUUCCAGAAACUUCCAACAUCACAGGCCUGUGGUGACAUUCUUGGGUAUGAGGUGACACUGACUCACCUGGACGGCUCGGUUGAUUUCAUGAACGUGUCCACAGCUGACCACAGCGACCUUUUGGUGUGCGAGGAGGUGAAAUGUCACCUGAACUCCUCUCUGAAGGGCAUGUCGUCUGUCAAUGUGUCGGCCUUUAAUGCUCACGGGAUUGGAGCGCCGUCUCACCUGUCUGUGUCAGUAACAGGUAACAGUGAGACAAACAGGACAAAAUCACAUUGUUAUAAUAAUAACAAUAAUUUACUAUUAUUUUGCUGUUGUUUUUGAUGUAAACAGAUUGGUUCUUCAUUUCUUCUGUCUUACUCAGGUGAGGGGCGGAUGGAGAAGGAUCCACACAUGAAUAUGACGGAGGUGAACCUCACUGUGUCCUGGACCGACAUCUCCGUUCCGUCUGACAGCGUGAAAGAAUAUGUGGUUCAGUACAAAGAAGCAGGACGUCCUCUGGGCCAGGGACUGGACUGGGUCAGAGUGUCCAACGGGCAGACAUCAGCUGUUUUUAAAGGUGCACCUGAACAUCUGAACAUCUGAACACAUGAAAGUCCCACUACUUUUUAUAAACUAUUUAAAGUGUUAUCAGUGGUUCUUUAAAUUGUGAUUAUGAAGCUAAAAUCCCAUUACCUGUGUCAUUUUAAAGGACUUUUCUUCUGCAGAGCUCCUGUAGCUCAUUAGCAAGUCACCUCUGAGUUGUGGGCGGAGUCUGCGCUGCUCUGGGCACUCCUCUUUAUGCUUGUUUGUAGCCUAACGUUGCCGCUGUAGUAGAAGUAGCAGGUAACAUCGGAGUUAUUCAGACACUAAUGUCUUGAGGGACAUGAUGAAAGUUAAUAUCAUAAUUAACUUUCUUUCGAGCAUUACAACCCGCUAACACACACGCUUGUUCUGCGAUCGUCCUCUCUACUUCUCUCCGUCUGGCCUGUGGAGCGGGGCUCUGGGGGCGGAGCUUGCAGUUGUGACGUAGGAAAUCCCGCUGUGUCUGAACCAUAGACUGUAUAUAGAAUGAACGCAGUGGAGUUUCACAGCUCAAGGAAGAACAUUUGUGAUCAUUACUUCAUGGAAAUGUAGUAGCCGGCUGUAAGUCGGACUCGUAUCCAGUGAGAGUUGGACUCUUUGUCACUGGUUCUGUUUAUAACCUUUCUGGACAGAAUUUCUAGGCGUAGCCGGGGGGCGGAGGGUGACCGGUUUGACAGGCAGAAGAUGAUGUGGUUCUUCCAGCUUCGUCGAGCAGUGACCUUCAGCUCUCGUCAGUGUAUCUUGUAUGUGACCUGCAGAUGCGGUAGUUCUUCUGCCUUAGCGUCUCGGUCUGAUUUCAUUUCCAUGAAGUAAUAAACAUAAUGUUUUCACUGUUAGUUAUGUUUAGGUUAGUUAUGGUUAACUGAGUCAUGGUUGGUUUAUUUAUGGUCAGGUUAGUUUGGGUUUAAAGUUAGUGUAUUUAAGGUUUUCUGUGCCUUUGUUGUUGUUUUCUCAUUAACAUUCUGAUAUGUGUCGCCCCCUUUAGGUCACUUUCAGAAGUACAAGCCCUACAAAGUUUCACUCUUCACAGUAUCACACAGUAACGUGUCGUCAGGACCCUCAUCUGUCCGUCACCUGUCCUCAGCAGUCGGAUAUUCCCUUCAGGGUGGUCAGUUUCGUCUCUGGUCUAAAACUCGUCAUUUUUGCCCGGAGACAAAGAUUUGUCCCUGAUGUCCAUUUCUUCGCCUUUUAGUUCCACCCAGAGUGCCGUCAUUUAAGCUUGUGUCCAACUCUGACAGUCCGGUGAAGGUGUCCUGGGAGCCUAUCCCCCUCGAGCAACAGAGCGGGACCAUCCAGUUCUACCAAAUCGGAGUUAAGCAACAAGACAGUAUAAACUCGUUUUCAGGUAAACUGAAACUCUAAAAUAUUCAGUUCUGUGAGAUCAGAUCAGUCUGAAGUCAGGAUUAGGUUAUUCAGGGUUUAGUGAAUCUAGGGUUCAGGCUAGCAGGUCCUGGUUUUAAGUCGAGACCAGGGUAUCACUUUUCUCAGUGACUCUGUUUUUACUCUCUCAGUGUUGAAUGUGAGUUCGUCCCAGACCUUUCAUAUGGUGGACGUCAAGCAGGGUGAGGUGUACGAGGUCUGGAUCCGAGCCGUUACUAAAGCCGGGCCCGGAGAGAAAACCACGCUGACCAUCAAUUUGCCGGCCCCCCCGGAUAUUGGUACUGGAAAGGAAAAGCAUUAAUAAAGGAAGUGAGACUUUUUUCAACAUCAAAUCAAGAAAAUCGAUGAAUAUUUAAUUUCCUCUCUCCCCCACUUUCACCCCCAGCCCUCCUUUCACUGGUCGUGGUCGCGAUCUUCCUGGUUACAGGUCUUGUUUCUGUCGCCCUCCUCUGGUGAGAUUGCAACAUGAGUAAUAUUGUUGUUAUAUUGUGUGUUUAUUAUAUCUUGUGUCAUUCACUAAUCACAACACAAACGUCAGGACUACUUUCCUGAGAAGAUGGUUCAGUCCAGAUUUCUCUGUGAAGCUCAGAAACGACUGAUUUCUGUUUUUAUUCUGCAGAGUUUGAAGUCACGAGUUUGUCUGACGGUUUGAUUUGAACGUUUUUCUGUCCGAUAGCUUUUGUCCGGGAACGAAGACAGCGUGUUCGCUGAUGCGUUUCUGCGGGAAGGUGCCGGAUCCUGGAAACAGCAACAUCCUCAAACAGAUGAAGCACCAGGUGAGAGACCGACUUCCAUGACAGGAUUCCUGUGUCUGCUGGGUCUGAGCAAAGAGCCGAGUUUGAACCGACAAUGACCCAAAGUCCCCCGAUCUUUGACAAUUCUCAGAUAAGUUUAAUUGAUUAAUAAUUUGGGAUUUAAAGUGUGUGUAAACGUGUGAUAAAUGAGACUGUCACAUGCAUUCAUUAUUUAACUUCUAUUUUCUAAGUUCUUGUUCCUGUAUUUUAGAGGGCAGAGUCACUUUUCGGCUGUCAUUUGAAAGUAAAUGUGACCAUAACAACGCUGCCGAUCUACACUGCGAUUCAAAGACUUUUAGGCUUAUUUGUUGUUUUCACUGGAUGCAGAAUGUAAACAUGUGUUUUUCAGGCCAAAAGCCUUUUUAGAUUGUAAAUGAGAGUGUGAAAGAUGAGAGUGUAAAGGAUGAGAGUUUGAAGGAUGAGAGUUUGAAGGAUCAGAGUUUGAAGGAUGAGACUGUGAUGGAUGAGAAUGUGAGGGGUGCUGUGGUCCUGAUACCUUUUCAGUGUGAUGAUAGACUCUGUUCUCAUCCUGCAGAUGAACGAGUCCUCAGGCCUUAUCUGCUUUCCUCUCUGUGAGCCUCACCCAAACAUCUCUCGGCUGGAGGUCGUGGAAAUCCAGACCCGGACUCCUGAUUUCAGCCGAAAGGAAACCUCUGACUCUGAGAGACAGACCAGACCAUCGGACAGAGACCGAUCUUUGCAGACAGACAGAACAGAAGACCAGAGGGUGGACACAGGGGAUGAUCGAAGAACAGACAGUAAAUACAGAACAGAGGCCUACAGCAAAAUCAUUGACUCAGAGGACGAGGGAGAGGGCAACAAUGGGGGCGAGGGAGAGGGAGAGGGCAACAAUGGGGGCGAGGGAGAGGGAGAGGGCAACAAUGGGGGCGAGGGAGAGGGCAACAAUGAGGGCGAGCUCCAGGAUGAGGACUGUUGGAGCUCGUCUGAAGAAGGACUGCUGGAGUCCGGUUAUGAGAAGCAUUUCAUGCCAAGUGCAAGAGAGAUCCUGGAGGUGCUCUGAAAUGAAGGUGUGAGGGUGGUCUGUCUGAGGUGGUCUGUCUGAGGUGUGGUCUGAGGUGGUCUGUCUGAGGUGGUGGUCUGAGGUGGUCUGUCUGAGGUGUGGUCUGAAGGUGGUCUGUCUGAGGUGUGGUCUGUCUGGAGUUGGUCUGUCUGAGGUGCUCUCUCUGAGGUGGUCUGUCUGAGAUGUGGUCUGUCUGAGAUGUGGUAUGUCUGAGGUGUAGUCUGUCUGAGGUGGUCUGUCUGAGAUGUGGUCUGUCUGAGAUGGUCUGUCUAAGGUGUGGUCUGAAGGUGGUCUGUCUGAGGUGGUCUCUCUGAGGUGGUCUGUCUGAGAUGUGGUCUGUCUGAGGUGUGGUCUGUCUGAGGUGGUCUUUCUAGGGUGUGGUCUGUUUAAGGUGUGGUCUGAAGGUGGUCUGUCUGAGGUAUGGUCUGGAGGUGGUCUUUUUGAGGUGUGGUCUGGAGGAGGUCUGUCUGAGGUGUGGUCUGGAGGUGGUCUGUUUGAGGUGUGGUCUGUCUGAGGUGUGGUCUGUCUGGGGUGUGGUCUGUCUGAGGUGGUCUGUCUGAGGUGUGGUCUGUCUGGGGUGUGGUCUGUCUGGCUGUCUGUCUGUGGUCUGUCUGAGGUGGUCUGUCUGGGGUGUGGUCUGUCUGAGGUGUGGUCUGGAGUUGGUCUGUCUGAGGUGGUCUGUCUGGAGGUGGUCUGUCUGGAGUUGGUCUGUCUGAGGUGUGGUCUUGGGGUGGUCUGUCUGAGGUGUGGUCUGGAGGUGGUCUGUCUGAUUUGAGGUCUCGGUGUGGUCUCAGGUGAAUCGUAAACUCAGGAUCAAUCAGAUUUUGAUUGUAGAUCAGGGUUAGGCUGAGGUUCAGGGUUUAUUCUCACCUUGAACGUUUCCUCCUGGUUGUCUAGAGGAGAACCUGGAGGACACAUUUCUGUCUGUUCCUGCUGCCGGAGGUCUUCAGGUGACUGAAAUCGUUGUAGUCAGUCUCUCAGUCUGAAGGUUUUUGUUCUCAUGUUUGAUUGUUGGUUUUUAUUUCCGUGUUUACCUCUCUUUACCUUCAGUGAUGGUUUGUACUUUUUAAAGGAGGCAGAAAAAAGUUAAACUGUGAAUCAGAAAAUAAAAUUUGACUUUUUUCACUCAUGGAAACUUUAAAUCUGUUCUCCAAAAUGAAAGGAGAGAAUAUUGACGUAUAUUCACUGUGGUUUAUUUGUUUACUCCCUUUUUUCU